AUGCCUCGGAGUCCUACAUCCAGUGAAGAGGAGAUGGCCCAGAGUUUCUCUGACGGCUCUGGAGGUUUUGAGACAGACAGCUCAAAGGAGGAGCCUGGCCAUGGAGGACCUGGAGGGGAAAGGGCUAGCAGGAGGACAGACAGGAGGGCAGAGAGGGACAGGGCUGCCCGUAGGGAGUCACUGGAAUUCUGUGUGGUCAUCCCUGACCUGCAGCAGUCUAAGUGUAUGAGGUUUAAGCCCGAGGCCACGGUGUGGGUUGCUAAGCAGCAGAUCCUGUGUACACUGACCCAGACUUUGAGGGACGUGCUGAACUACGGCCUCUUCCAGCCCGCUGUGGAGGGCCGAGAGUCCGGCUUCCUGGAUGAGGAGUGUGCCCUUAAAGACUACCCUACUCCUACCAACACUAAGGGGGUCCCCACUCUGGAGUUCCGUUACAAGAGCCGGGUCUAUCAACAGCCCAAUGUGAACGAGAAGCAGAUCGCCAAAAUCCACACGCAGGCCAACUACAGGAAAUUAAUGGAUCACAUUCAGCAUCACCAGCUGGAUAAACUAGCAAAAAUGUUGGAGAAAGGCCUCGAUCCCAACUACCACGACCCAGACACUGGUGAAACUCCACUGACCUUCGCUGCCCACCUGGACAAUGUGGCUCAGGUCGUCGUUGUACUGAAACACGGUGGAGCACAUCUUGACUUCAGAUCACAAGAUGGGAUGACCGCUCUCCACAAAGCAGUCAGGGCAAAGAAUCAGGUCACACUGAAGGCUCUACUGGAACUAGGCGCCUCCCCAGACUACAAGGACAGUCAGAGUCUGACGCCACUGUACCACACAGUCCUGGUGGGAGGAGACUCGGGUUGCUGUGAGCUCCUGCUGAGGGCCCGCGCCACAGUCUCCUGCCACGACGAGAAUGGCUGGCACGAGAUACACCAGGCGUGUAGAUAUGGACAUGUCCACCACCUGGAGCAGCUGUUGUUCUAUGGAGCAGAUAUGGGUGUCAUGAACGCCUCUGGAAACACGGCUCUACACAUCUGUGCUCUAUACAAAGAGGAACACUGUGCCAGAGUACUGCUUGUUCGUGGUGCCAACAAGGAAGUGAAGAACUACAGAAGCCAGACACCAUUCCAGGUGGCCAUCAUUGCAGGAAACUUUGAAUUGGCAGAAUUAAUCAAGAACCAUAAAGAGAGUGAUAUCGUGCCUUUCAAGGAGGUGCCGGCCCAACCCACCCGGCGCCAGCAGGCCCCACGGAGUACACUAGCUGCUCCACGGUCUAUGCUCCUACGCUCCAACAGCGACAACAACCUGAACGUGAACAACCGGUCACCCCUGCCCUCGCCGUGCCACUCUCCCCUUCGUAGCCUCUCCCCCCGUCGGCCCCAGCAGCAGCAGAUGCCCAGCCCCAAUGGAACAGUCAGGACCAUGGGGAAGGGGGCUCCCCGCCCUCCCCGUUCACGUUCGCCCUCUCUGGGGCGCCUGGGGGAGGAGACACCCAGACAGAUCCCCCAGCGCCAGCCCAGCCCACACAAGGGUCGGGAAGAGUUCACUGGUGGCACAGACCGCCAGGGGCCCCAGUGUAAGCUGUACAGUGCUGUGGCAGGGAAGCACUUUGUGGUGACUAAGUCCUACCAGCCACAGGCCGAAGGGGAGAUCACCCUGUACCAGAACGACAGGGUCAAAGUGCUCUCCAUAGGUGAGGGUGGUUUCUGGGAGGGCAGUGCCAGGGGUAACGUGGGAUGGUUCCCAGCAGAGUGUGUGGAGGAGACCCCUAUCCAAGAGGAAAGACCAUAUGCCCGAGCAGACAGGGCUGAGAGGAGGAAGCUUUUCAGGCACUACACCGUGGGGUCCUACGACAGCUUUGAUGCAUCAAGCAACUGUGUUAUUGACGAGAAGACGGUAGUCCUACAGAAGAAGGAUAAUGAGGGAUUCGGGUUUGUGCUGCGAGGGGCGAAAGCGGACACGCCCAUCGAGGAGUUCACCCCUACACCCGCCUUCCCCGCCCUGCAGUACCUGGAGUCUGUGGACGAGGGCGGGGUUGCAUGGCGGGCGGGGCUUCGCAAUGGAGACUUCCUCAUCGAGGUGAACCAGGAAAAUGUUGUGAAGGUGGGCCACAAACAGGUGGUCAAUACGAUCCGACACGGGGGCAACCGGCUCAUCAUCAAAGUGGUGACAGUUAGCAGGAAUCUGGACCCUGAUGACACGGCCAGGAAGAAAGUGGCCACACCUCCACGUAGGACUCCUCCCGCUGCCCUGUCCAUGGCCAUGCGGUCCAAAUCUAUGACCUCGGAGCUGGAGGAGCUAGUGGACAAAGCCACUUUGAGGAAAAAGAUGGGUGAUGAUCAGUCUUCAGAUAAUGAGCGUCUAAAGAAGAGGAUUGUAUUCUCAGUCACUCUAAAUAAAGUGGAAGAGAACAUGCCUUCUCAGAAGCCUACGUGGGACAACUCUAACACUGACAUAAGGGUCGCAAACACGGUCAAAACGCGGCCCAACAGCAGGUGCUUGGCCAUGAACCCAGAGAUGAAUUCCAUGUGUGAGAGCCAGGACGUGUCGAUGCAGACCCAGACCCAGCCCAGAGAGCCAGGCAGCCCCAGAGGUCGAGGCCCCUUCCUGGGGGUGCCAAACAGACAGGGGACCAUGAGACGACAAAAGUCCAUCGGAACAUCUGGAAUAACAGAAGAGGACGCCCCUCAGUUCCUGACCCCUCCCAUGUUGAAAUUCACCAGGAGCCUAUCAAUGCCGGACACAACAGAGGACAUCCCACCCCCUCCCGCUAUCUCCCCUCCAUCUCCCCCUUACAACAACGACCCCAACCCACAGGGCAGAGGCUACGGCACUAUCAGACACACUGUUCCCAAAGGCACCGCCCCUGAGCGAGGAGGGGACCCCAACACGGGCGGCAGUGACGGAUGGAGGGAACAGGGUGGUAUGUACCACACAGAGCCCCAGUCGGAACAGUAUCAGUCUGAGGACCACCACCACCACCAGGGUAGCCAGAGUCCAGGCCAAGGCCUCACAGCCCAGCAGAGCUUCCUGAACCGCAGGGCCCAGAUCCCAGAGAACCCAUACUCAGACCUGGGGAAGAUGGGCAACCUGGGCCUGUUUGCCCCCAACAAACCUCAGAGGAGGAAGGGCAUGCUGAUGAAGCAGAACAAGAUUGAGGACAGCCCAGAGAAGACCUGCACCAUUAAAAUCCCAACCAUCAUCAUCAAGGAGCCGUCUACAUCCAGCAGUGGGAAGAGCAGCCAGGGCAGCAGCAUGGAGAUAGAGACUGGAUCCCAUGACCACCCGGGACAACUCCGUCCGGACGACGGACACAACCCCAGCAGUCCCUUUGCCACGGCCAUGGCGGGCGCCGUGCGGGAACGUGAGAUGAGGAUGGUGGAUUGUCACCAGAACUCCCCAUCCUACAGGUUCACCGACCAGGGUGAAGAAGACUCGUCUCCCGCGCCUGCGCCUCGCCUCCGCCACUCCAAGUCCAUCGACGAGGGAAUGUUCAGUAGUGACGAGCGCCUGCGUCGCCUCAUGGCCCCACCUGCCUCAUUACUCAGCAUCCCCAGAAGAGGGGGUAACGUGACGGUCUUCAACACCCCGGAGACCACUGUUGUGAGAGAACCGCUACACACGCGCACUGGCCACCACAGCCCGGUCAGUCUGCCCGCCAAGACCUAUACCUCCAGUAGUGGGCGCUACGUCCACCCAGUCACAGGGAAGCCUUUGGACCCCAACUCCCCUCUGGCCCUGGCUCUGGCUGCACGGGACCGGGCCAUGAGAGAGCAGUCCCAGCCACUCCCGCUGAAGACCGAACCACCUAAACCUGACCUGAACAAGCCUCUGUUCAUCGACACCAAGCUGAGGACCGGCAUGGGCGCAAAUUUCUCCUCGACCGCCACCAUGGGUCGACCGGGCAGGGCGGGGCUUCGUAGGCAGAUGACAGAGGCAAAGUACGAGACAGAGUCCAAAUACGACCACCCGUUGGCCAAAGACAAGGACAAUAGUCUGUCCCGUCCUCAGAGAGAAGAGGAGAAGAAGAACAUGUUGAUAGACAUUGGUGACACGUCUCAGCAGAAGUCACCUGGGUUGCUGAUGGUCCACACCACUGACGAGAACAACCUGUCUGAGGGGGAGAGGGACGCGGCGGUCAGUCCAGACAGCACCCCCAGUGAGCUCCGGGACCCCAACCAACCUAACAUCCUCAAAAUGGCCUCCCCUAACCCCCAUAACCCUCACUCUAUGGGCCCUGGACCCAGAGGUAGUAAGACCAUGAUCACCGUCACCUCAGUGGACGAGCCGGUCAAACUACCCUUCGGUAUCCCCCCUCCACCCUGCGUUCCCUCCGUGGACAUCGACGAUGAGUUCUUUGCUGACCCACUGCCACCGCCGCUCGAGUUCGCCAACAGCUUCGACAUCCCAGAGGACCAAAAGGGGGCGAUCGCUGAGCUCCUGAAACAGCAACGAAACGCUGGCAGGGCACCAUCGUCUCUAGCCCCCUUCUAUCCCUAUCACGGUAACACCUCAGGCCACCCUGACCAGACUAUGAUCAAACGGCCUGCGGUGCUCACCAACUGUACACCCCCCUGCUUCCCCCACGCCCUCUUGGAGAGCUACGAUCCUAUCAGUGACUCUGGCAUUGAUGUGGAGCCGGACAGCCGCAGCAUUGGAGACCCCCAGCUGGAGACUACAAGCACUAUGUCCACCGUAUCCAGUAUCUCCACGCUGUCGUCCGAGGGUGGCGAGGUGCUGGACAACACAUGUACAGUCUAUGCAGACAGACAGGCCUUUCUGGUGGACCGGACUUCAAAGUCAAGAACCAGGCAACCUGCCGCAAACAAGAGCAACGCACUUUACAAGGACCCUGCCUUGAUGGAUAGAGAGGAGAACAUAAGAACUUUUGCCGCACCUUCCUCCGUCCCACCGCCUCCCCCCGGGGCCAGCGUCUCCUCAGAGCCCCCCAGAACACCAACUCAAAGAACCUCCAAGUUAUGGGGAGACCCUCCAGGCUCUAACCCCCAGGACAUGCAGAACAAGGACAGGACACCAAAGCCAGGAGAGGGGAUAGACUCUUCUUCCUCAGGAUGUAGGACUGUUUUUGGAUCAAGGGGUCCGGACAGUGGGUCCCUCUCCUCAGGUACACAGCGGAAUACCACAGUCUCUUUUGCUGCCCAGCUCCCUCCGAAUGUGCCUGCCCCAUCUCCAAACCGACAAACCGAGAGCCCCUCCCACCACAGAGCCCCCAGCCCCAUCCUCUCUCCCCCAGACUCAGGCCUCGGCUGUGCCUCCUCUCUCCCUGCCACCUCUCCCACCCUUUCAGACGUGUUCGGCCUGCCCACCCCCCCUCUCAGCCUGGGCACGGGGAGCAGCCGCUCGCCCUCCCCCCUCACCCUCAUCCAGGCCGUCUCCAACAAGCCUUUUGCCACCAAGCCGGUUCUGAUGUGGAGCAAACACGACGUGGCCGACUGGCUGGAGAGCCUAAACCUGGCUGAGCACAGAGACACCUUUAUGGACAACGACAUCGAGGGCAGCCACCUGCCUAGCCUGCAGAAGGACGACCUCAUAGACCUAGGGGUGACCAGGGUCGGACAUCGGAUGAACAUAGAGAGAGCUUUGAAACUUCUGAUGGACAGGUGAGAAGUGAGGAGGGUGAUGAGGUCUCUGAGUCUCCAACACUACAACUUCACAACAGGCUUCUAAGUUAAUUAUCAAUUAUGUCCAUAACAAUCAUUUUUAUUUAUGUUGACUUAUUUA